CGGCCAUAUUGCAUUCCCUGUAGUUAUCUUAUGUCAUUUUAGCUAAUAACAUUACUUUAUACACUGGAAUGUGAUCAGCUGAUAUUUUUGAAAAUGUAUCAUACAAGGUAGUCAAGGAUUAGACCAAUCUAGAAAUAAAGAAAAUGGCAAGUGGUGGUCAGACCAUGUUUGCACAGAUGCACAGUAGAGAGGAGCGUUUAUUACUAUUCCGAUUGCAAAUUCUCAUAUGUGAUGGAGGCCUGCAGGUUUUGAGAAAUAUUCUAGACCAGACCCUGACUGCUCAAGGCUUAACUCUAAGAGCAUGUUUGGAUAGUGAAAAGUCAACAAUUACACGUUUGAAAAGUCGGGGUGUAAUUACACAGACACAAUAUGACAUAUUGUUUCCAGCUUCUGGUCAGUCACCAACUACAACGGAUAUGGACAUCACACUUGUCAUUUGUCUUCUUAGAAGCCUAAAGUGUUUUGGAUUGAAUAAAAAGUUUGACUGGAAUGCAUCACCAACACCAACUGAUCUAACAGUUGAAGCAGAUAUAUGCCGUUUAAGGACUUUCAGAAAUAAAGUGAGUCAUAUAUCAACAGCUGGAAUUCAACGAAAUGAUUUUUUAAGUAUGUGGAAUGAGAUUGAGCAGAUUCUUGUUCGAAGAAGUUCUCCUGCUAUGAAUAUUCAUCAAAUGAUUGCCAAUUUCAAAUGCUGCCCUCUAGAUCUAGAGGAAGAUAUAAGGAUUCAGAAAGAAUUAAAUGAAUGGAAGGACUAUGAAGCUGAAGUUGGUCAUUUGAAAGAUGAAAUGACAGACAUAAAAACAGAUGUUUCCAGAAUGAUGAAGCACCUCGAGCAGAUAAAAAGACGACAGUAUUCAAUUUUUUGA